AUGGAUAGAUCGGCGAUAACAGUCGGCCCGGGAAUGGACAUGCCGAUCAUGCAUGACAGUGACCGGUACGAUUUAGUGAAAGAUAUAGGGUCAGGUAAUUUCGGUGUAGCCAGAUUGAUGAGAGAUAAAGUUACCAAAGAACUUGUUGCGGUUAAGUAUAUAGAAAGAGGCGAUAAGAUUGAUGAAAAUGUUCAAAGAGAAAUAAUAAACCACAGGUCGUUGAGGCACCCUAAUAUUGUGAGGUUUAAAGAGGUGAUUUUAACUCCGACCCAUUUGGCAAUUGUAAUGGAAUAUGCAGCUGGAGGAGAGCUUUUUGAGCGAAUUUGCAAGAGUGGGCGGUUCAGUGAGGAUGAGGCUCGAUUCUUCUUUCAACAACUUAUAUCUGGAGUCAGCUAUUGUCAUGCCAUGCAAGUAUGUCACCGUGACUUGAAGUUGGAGAACACAUUGUUGGAUGGUAGCCCAGCUCCUCGUUUGAAGAUUUGUGAUUUUGGGUACUCCAAGUCCUCAGUGCUUCACUCUCAACCAAAAUCAACCGUGGGAACUCCUGCAUACAUUGCUCCAGAAGUGCUCUCGAGGCAAGAAUAUGAUGGCAAGGUUGCAGAUGUGUGGUCAUGUGGUGUAACCUUAUAUGUGAUGCUCGUUGGAUCCUAUCCCUUUGAGGAUCCUGAUGAGCCUAAAGACUUCCGGAAGACAAUACAGAGAAUUAUUAAUGUCCAGUAUUCUAUUCCAGACUCCAUUCAGAUAACCCCAGAAUGUUGCCACCUGAUUUCAAGGAUUUUUGAUGCCGAACCUGCAACUAGGAUUACCAUUCCUGAAAUCAGGAAUCAUAAGUGGUUUCUAAAGAAUCUUCCCGCCGACCUAAUGGAUGAAAAGACGAUGGGCAGCCAGUUUGAAGAGCCUGAUCAGCCCAUGCAGAGCCUUGAUACAAUCAUGCAGAUAGUUUCUGAGGCCACUGUACCAGCAGUUGGGGUGCAUGGUUUUAAUCGAUGCUUGUUGGAUGAUCUGGACAUGGAUGAAGAUAUGGAGGACUUAGAUUCUGAAUCCGAGCUUGAUAUUGACAGCAGUGGGGAGAUGGUUUAUGCAAUGUAA